CUGUAGUGAGCUACUACUCAACUUUAUACGUAAAGCCUUGGGUGGACUUUUACUUUUUUUUUAAACCACCACACACACACACACACACACACACACACACACACACACACACACACACACACACACACACACACAAUUGUAUUGGUCAGAGGAGCUCGUGCAAGACGCGCACGUGUCCAAACUCCUCCACCGCAUUUACCUCCACUUCCCCCAGCCCUCUUUUGCAGUAUGAAGUGCAGUUAUGGCGAGGAGUAGCAAGUCAGCGGCGAGGACCCUGGAGGAUUUGACGCUCGACUCGGGUUAUGGUGGAACCGCCGACUCCUUCAGGUCUUCCAGUGCGUCGCUGUGCUGCUCGGAGGCGCAUGGGGGGAAUCACUGGCAUUUAACCGGAUCCAUGCACAGUCGACACAACAGCCUGGACACCGUUAACACUGUCCUGGUCGAAGACGCCGAGAUCCUGAAGAGCACCGGGCGGUGCGCUAAACUAUCCGAGCUUGAGGAUGUGCCGUGGAGCCUCGGGGAAGUGGCGAGCGCGCUGUGCCGGGACGAGGAGAUGACUCUGCCGCCUCCCCCGCAGGACGUCCUGCUCCGGCUCUCGGUGCUGGUCAGCCGGGUCUUGGUGAGGGUGGCGAAGGAGUCGCAGCGCCUGAGUUUGCGCUACGCCAAGUGCACCAAAUAUGAGGUCCAAAGUGCCACAAAGAUCGUGCUGUCGUGGAGCGUGUCGAUGAGCUGCGUCGGCGCGGCCCUGGGUGCCUUGUCCCUGUACAACAUGAGCACAGAGGAGGACAAGUUCAGCCGCGGAAAGUCGGCGCGCUGCGGAGUCACCUUCAACGUGGGGAAGUUCUUCAGGUGGAUGGUCGACAGCAGGGUCGCGGUCAGGAUCCACGAGCACGCGGCCCUCUAUCUGGCUGCGUGCAUGGAGAGCCUCUUCCGCGAGGUGUACGCGCGUGCACUGCGCAGCGCGCUGCUGGAGCGGGAUAACGUAAUCCCAAAGUUCACCGUGGAGACCCUGGAGCAGGCUGUCAACGCCGACGCGGAGAUAUGGGGGUCUGUGCAGGUCUGGCAACACCUGAUAUGUUGGAAGAAUGCAAGCGGUGUGCUGUGCCUACCUGAGGGUCUGGCUCUCUACAGGGACCAGCAGCAGCAGCGAGCAGGGAAAAGCGGCGAGGGGAACGCCUGCAGUCAGCCCGAGCUGCGCUCCAUUGAACAGUGUUUACUGGCCACAAGAGUGGGCAGCAUCUCUGAACUCAGUGACCUCGUGUCCCGAGCCAUGCACCACCUGCAGCCGCUGUACGCAAAGAACCACAACAACGGGACGCCGAUCCACCAGAAGAGCAGUGUGAUCCACUGGGCUCCCGAAGCGAUCUACACGCUGUGUUACUUCAUGCACUGCCCGCACAUGGAAUGGGAGAAUCCCAAUGUCGAGCAGUUAAAGGUCAUCCUACGGAAAGAGAGGCCGUUCAUAGUGCUGCCACCGCUGAUGGAGUGGGUGCGCGUGGCCGUGGCUCACACAGAACACAGACGCAGCUUCUCCGUUGACAGCGACGAUGUUCGGCAGGCUGCCCGACUGUUGCUUCCCGGAGUGGACUGCGAGCCCCGUCAGCUGCGAACGGAUGACUGCUUCUGGGCCUCAAGAAAACUGGACGCUGCCUCUACUGAAGCGAAGUUCCUGCAGGACCUGGGCUUCCGUAUGCUCAGCUGUGGUCGCACAGACCUGGUGAAGCAGGCGGUCAACCUGCUGGGGCCUGACGGUAUCAACAGCAUGAGUGAGCAGGGGAUGACCCCGCUGAUGUACGCUUGUGUCCGUGGGGACGAGGCCAUAGUGCAGAUGCUGCUGGAUGCCGGAGCAGAUAUAAACAGCGAGGUGCCAAGCUCAGUGCACAAGCACCCCUCAGUCUUUCCCGAAAUGCGGCAGGCGACGCCCCUCACUUUCGCUGUGUUGCACGGACACAUGCCUGUGGUGCAGCUGCUGCUGGAUGCCAAAGCCAACGUGGAGGGAUCCCUGCAGGACGGCAUGGAGAACUACACAGAGACCCCGUUGCAACUGGCUGCUGCUGCAGGUAACUUUGAAAUAGUGAGUUUGCUGCUGGAGCGGGGGGCCGACCCCAUGGUGGGAACCAUGUACCGCAAUGGCAUCUCCACAGCGCCGCAGGAAGACAUGAACUCCUACAGCCUGGUAGCAGCUCAUGGACACAGGAACGUGUUUCGUAAGUUGCUGUCCCACACCGAGAAGGGGAAGGGCGACGUCUUAUCCCUGGAAGAGAUUCUGGCGGAGGGUUCGGAGCUGGAAGGCAGAAGUCCAUCUCAGAUCGACCAGAUCCGAACUGGGAAAGCCAAACUUAAAGCCCUAAAAGAAGCCAUGUACCACAGCGCAGAACAUGGGCACGUGGACAUCACCAUAGAUAUACGCAGCCUGGGCGUUCCUUGGACUUUGCACACUUGGAUGGAGUCCCUGCGCACGUGUUUCCAUCAGCAACGCCGACCUCUGAUCCAGGGUCUCCUCAAAGAGUUCAGCUGCAUAGAUGAAGAGGAGUACACCUAGGAGCUCAUCACACAUGGUCUGCCUCUCAUGUUCCAGAUCCUCAGAGCCAGCAAGAAUGAGGUAAUCAGCCAGCAGCUGUCUGCAAUCUUCACCCAGUGCUACAGCCCUUACCCGAUCCCCAAACUGGCGGAGAUCAAGAGGAAGCAGUCGUCCCGCCUGGAUCCUCUCUUCCUGAAUAAUAAAGACAUGUCGGACGUGACAUUUCUGGUGGAAGGGAAACCUUAUUAUGCCCACAAAGUCCUGCUCUUCACAGCUUCCAGCAGGUUUAAAUCUCUUCUAACAAACAGACCUUGCGGUGAAAACACCUGCAUUGAGAUAAGCAAUGUCAAAUAUCACAUCUUUCAGCUGGUGAUGCAAUACCUCUACUUUGGAGGGACGGACACUCUGCACAUCAGGAACACUGACAUUAUGGAGCUUCUGUCCGCGGCCAAGUUCUUCCAGCUGGAGUCGCUGCAGAGGCACUGUGAGAUAAUCUGCACCAAGAACAUUAACGCAGAAACUUGUGUCGAGAUCUACAAUCAAACCAAGUUUCUUGGCGCACCAGACUUGGCUUCCUAUAUCGAGAGCUACUUCCUGAAGAACAUGUUAGUAUUGAUCGAGUUGGAGCCAUUCAAACAGUUGCUCUAUGACACGCCGGCAGAAAGCCCCGCCUCUGAAAUCCUGCAGGACCUGGAGAAAACCUUGGCCAUCCGCAUCCAGUCCAUCCACCUGUCCUCCUCCAAGGGGUCCAUCGUCUGAUCUGUCGACCUUUCUCAACACAAGGGACAGACAAUAUUUACUAGCGUAUCAGGGAACAUGACACUGUAUUGAGGAUGAGGGAGAGAAACGAGACUUGUGGACGGACCAGUUGCAAUCUUUACCUCUGUGAAGCUCAUCGGUUGCUACUAGGCUUCUUACUGUCUUAGCAAAGAAGGUCUGUCUGUCUCGCGUUGUUGGUACUUGUCAGUUAUGUGUUACAGUAACAUACAAUGACUGGAAUAAGGUAGUGGUAUCAUGCCACAAUUUGCCAAUUCCAUCAAAUCACUGCUUUCUCAGCCAAGUAGUACAGCCUGCGCGUCACAUGUCGAAGUGAAUGGAUCAGGUGGGACCAGUUAAAACCAACUGAAACCGUCCAAGCGUCUUGAUAGAUUGACAUAAUGUGCUGAGACUGAGAACAACCUCAGUGUCGUGUCAUAAAAGCCAUCGGUGCAUCCGUGUCGGGGAGAAACGCUGCUUCAUGCUGUGGUUAUUUGCUUAAUCAUGUGGCCGUGUACGGAGUAAUUAAUUUGUGUGUGUGUGUCACUGCAUUAUCGAAGCUGACUACUCUUUAAAGCCAAACGAGACAAGCAAGUGACAAUACCUCUAAUGUGACGGAUGCAGAAGGGGGAUGUUUACCGCGUGACUUUGGGCAACUGGGUGGGAAAGAGGACCCCCCCCACUACAUGGUGUAAAUAUUGUUCAUAAGAAACAGAGCUAUUGAUAAUGUAAGUUAAUGUACAGUAUAUAUACCCACGGAUGUUUUUCUCAUGUGUCUUACUGUUGGAUAUUGCUGUAAAAACAAGAGGCUCAUCUUUUAACUAUUGAUGUUUAAUUGUUGCAUGUCAGAAGAAUGACUGUAUGUUUGUGUUUUGUGCUUUCACACUUAUAUGACUGUAUGUUUAGUGAGGAUAUUUUUGUUAUUGGCAUGGGUCACUAAAUUUGUAACAGUCAAAUGGUUUGUCGUCAUUUCCUGCGUGAAAGACAUGUUCAUUUUAGUGCCGAGGUAGUGACAUUAUCUUGUCAGCAGGUUCCCUGGGGAUUGUGAAAUCACAUUACUUGUGUAUGUGUGACUUAAAAUAUCUUUCCUCUAUAAAGAUGAAUAUAAAGAAUACUAUGAAUCCGCUCA